GUUGGUUCAGCCAUCAGCUUCAGGGGCGCUUCACUUUUCAGUUGGUUUGCAGUGGUUGUUUCACAUCGCUGUGAGUUCGUUGAGCCAAGCGCACUGCACGCACAUCGGGGCGAACCGAAUCGGUGCACUGCGGGUGUAUCACCCCGUUGUGAGCGGCAUGCCCAUCAAGCUGUGUGCUGGGCUGCAUGCCACCGACCUGAAGCUGCACUCAUGCACCGUCGAACACGCGGUAAGCAGAAGGGAGGGCAGCCACAUAGACAGACAGACGGACGACAGACAGCAAAGAAGUCAUCAAAAACGGCACGCUUACGCAUUGAGUUCAGGCCGAGUACUUCACCGGGUACUUCAGGGAGGCCAUUGGCGCGGGCAACCUGGGCAUCCCCAUAUCCGCCGACCAAAUCGCUCUUUAUCGCUGCACUGAGGUGCACCCCAAGGCCCACGGGCAGGACCACACUGCCCCGUCGAGUGCAUCCACUGACCGCAUCGAGGAGGGGGAGGUCAUCAUGGCGACCCUUCCCAACAAUAGCGGUAAGCGCACCACGCAGGCAGCCCGACGAGAGAGAGAGGGAAUGAGGGAAUGAGUGAGUGCUCUGUCUGUAUGCUAUGCUUCCUUCGCUGGCUGUCUGGCUGCAGUGUUUGGUUCUCAGCAUGCGGAUGACAUGUUGGCCAAGGCCCG